UUCAUUUGCAGCACCACGAUAAGAAGUACGGCGCCUCUAAACCCUUGCCUGACCGUGAACGGAGCUAUAUUACCCUCCACGUGCACAUCACUGUUUCGCAGUUUCACUCUCUUGUGUCUGCGUGUGCGUAACUUUCAGGAGGAAACUUGCAUUCUGAGGCAUUUUGGCACAGGACGGGACACCGUGUGCGAGAGGCGUAAGGGCAAAGGGUGCAACAAGUGGCUCUCAUUUACGGGCAAAGGAGGAGGGAGGUUACGACAGCUGAAAGUUGCUGAAUGGAAAGUUACAUCUGAGUUAAACUUCCCCGGUCGCGAGGCUUUUCAUCGAAUCUUAGACUUUUACGCAAGACGUGGAGAACUCCUCGUAAGUGUUUAAAACUUCAACGAGUUUAGUCAUCACCAUGAGUGGACCGUUGGUUUUCCAGAUGUGGAUGGUUUUAUCGUUGGGGAUUGUUACCAGACUCGGAAGGGCUCAGGUCUCUACGGCCAAAGUGAUGAGGGGCAACAUCAGGCGAGACGACUUGUACCGCAAGGAGGAAAACAUCACCGUCACGUCACUGGGUGGGGCCAUCCAAAGUCCACGCUACCCCAACGCUUACCCCCGCAAUCUGCUGUUGUCAUGGAAACUGCUGUCGCCGCAAGGGAGCCGUAUACACCUGGAGUUUGAUGGACACUUCGGCCUGGAGGAGGCUGAGAAUGGAGCCUGCAGGUAUGACUUUGUGGAAGUAGAGGACCAAUCAGAGACCAGCACUAUAAUUUGGGGUCGCUGGUGUGGGCAGAAGGCUCCGCCCAGUCUCAACUCAAAAACCAACAUGCUCAGAGUCACCUUCAAGUCUGAUGACUACUUUGUUGCAAAGCCGGGAUUCAAAGUCUACUAUUCACUGCUGUAUGACUCUCCUCUGCCUGCAUCCAACACCAACUGGGAGGCUGUCACUAUGCCAAUGUUGGACAGCGGUGGAGGCCAUAUGCCAGUGGCAGUCACAGAGGUUCCCUUCUCGUUGGAUGACUUGGAUCGGACCAUAGCCGCCUUUGACACUGUCGAACAGCUUUUUAGAUCCCUGAGUCCGGACACCUGGAGACAGGACCUGGACAGUAUCUACACUCAAACACACAUACAUUAUAGAUCCAGGGCCUAUCAUCUGGCAAGCAGACAUAAUAAAGUUGAUCUUGACCGUCUGUACGACGACGUGAAACGCUACAGCUGUACUCCUCGGAACUACUCAGUAAACCUACGUGAGGAGCUGAGAGCCACCAACGCUGUAUUCUUCCCUCGAUGUCUGCUGGUCAAACGCUGCGGAGGAAACUGUGGCUGUGGAACCAACAGUUGGAACAACGGCUGCACCUGUCAGGCCUCAAAGACAUUGCUCAAACUACACGAGGUGCUGAAGUACGCCCCAGAGGUCUCCCUGCAUCAGCGCCAUCGGAGGCCAAAGGUGCGCUGGGUCAUAGAUGAGAUUUUUCUCACACACCAUGAAAAGUGCGAGUGUGCGUGUCCCUCCCAGCCUCCCCGCUGAGACACUCAUAUUGACACAUGGAUCUGGAACUGUUGGACAAAUUUGUAUUUUAUCUAUUUUACAACAGACUUUGUAUUAUAACAGCAACACAUGCAGCAAAGAAGACGGCAACACUUUGACUGACAAACCGCAACCUGACCAUUUCUUUCUUAAAGGUAGACCAUCUACCUUUCUAUGCUCACAGACCAACUUAUAAAGGCAUACAUGUUUUAGCAAGACUGUUUCAUUUUGCUGUUCUGCUUAGAAUCCAAAUGUUCAUGUAACGUUUAAACAUCACUAAAGUACCAUAAAGUGCUCCUUUUCUUCAAAAACCUGAUAUUUUUAUGGGUGCCAACUCGAUUGAAUUGAAAUUGAACUGUCUCCAACCACUGUGUAAACUGUUUUUUAUUCCUGUGUCUUGUGUUUGUGCUCCAGUCUCUUCGUGUUAUCAUAAGACUGUUUCUAGAAACUUCAGGCACGUCUUCUGCCAGGAGCGUUCUGAGAUGAGUGAGCAUGAGACAGAGGGAGACGAAGGGAGGGAGAGGGGUUGAAGGAAGUGUAAACCAAAAUAACCCUUUAUCUUGAUGUGAAAUUAGGCUAACUACAACCCUCCAGAUCUGCACUGCACACGAGCACACACAUUCACUCCAGGCCUCUAUUUCUACCAUAAGAUAAAAGCUGUAGUUACUUAUACUGAAGUCUACACUGCUCUAUAUUUCAGAGAAGCCCUCCUUUCUUUUUACAUUCCUGUCUGCUCACAUCCUAACUUUCCUUUGUACUUCCUUGCACCAAUACACUUCUCACUCCUUUUCCUCCUUUCUUACGGAGUCUGAUUCCCUCUUGCCCUUCAUUACUCGCUCUCACACACAUCAAAGAAUCUAUCAGACUGGGCAGCUCGCUCUGCCCAGUUUUCAGAGCAUUCCUGGCAUUCCAGCUGCUAACCAGAAUUAUCCGAACGUGCAUUAAACUGCCAUCCUUACACCCUAAAUACAUAAGAGGAAAGCGGGAGAGCCACUCAGGAAGAGAGAAGGAGAGUGUUUUGGGAAGCACGGCUGACAGAAAAGGGACAAUCAAGCGUCCUGUUUGUAGAUUACCAGGGCUCAUAGAUGAGAGCAGAGAGAGGAGCCACUUUCAGGAUCCAGCACAUGAAAGAUUGCAGCUACAUCAGUGGUUUCAAUCAGCAUGUUUGUGAAUCCAGCUAGCCUGAUUUUAAGGCACACUUCUUUUUAUUUUUUCCCUCAUGAAGACGCUGAUAUAAAGCACGAUCUGAAUGACUGCCUUUUAAGUCUGCAGUAGCAUGAAAACUUAAAAGAGAACUGUGGAAAUUAGGGAGAUGUUUUUGGACUAUGCUGAAAUACAACUUGAGUAUGUUUGUGUGUGUCUCUGUAUGUAUGUGUGUGUGUGUGUGUGUGUGUGUGUGUGUGUGUGUGUGUGUGUGUGUGUGUGUGUGUGUGUGUGUGUAACAGCUCAGGAAGACGUCCUUUUGUUUAAGAGGUGAAGGGUUACUGACAGUCUGUGAGAGCUGGCAGCACAUACAAGCUUGCGACUGUGCAUGAAAAAUGUGUUUGCAUGGUGUGCAUGGGUAACUCAAGUAUCAAAGCAACAGAGGGAGACUUCAAACUAACUGCUUAUCAUCCCCAUACACAUGACCCAGCUGCUAGAAAUAAAAGACACUGUCAUCUGUCAUCUCCCCGUCAUCAUCAGCUCCCAUGAGUCCCGCCGUCACACGCUCAGACAGGCUUGCAGGCUGGAUUUACGCAGAGAAAAUGGGAUUUUACACACUACUUUUGUUCUAGAGACAGACAAAACAAAGAAUGAGUGGACACUGAGACGAUUUCAUCGUCACGGUGAAACCCGAUCAGCUGUGCCGCCAGCGCUUUCAUGUGCAUGUGUGAGUACUGUAAAGUCAAGGCUGUUAUUUGACAGGUGCAGGGUACAAAACCAUCUGAGAGAUUCCAAGAGUUUGUCAGAUCGUGCAGUGAGUAAUCCAUGCAAUAAACCCAUACACACACAGACACAGACACACACAGACACAGACAGACAGACAGACACACACACACACACACACACUCACAGAUGUUGUUGAUGUGGAUGUUCAUCAAAGAAAACAGCCUCACUUUGCUGUCUUUCAAAGUUUGCCAUCUCUCCCUGUUUUGCAUUCAAAACAAAAAGAUUUCCACAUCACAUACACACAUUUCACAGAUAAUGGUUUGCAGAUAAAUUACCCUUUUAUAUUUUCAGUUGCUAACGAGCCAGAUGGUUAUUAGGUAACAUUUCUUUUUCAAGAUGCUUAAUUAGAGAAGUAUAGAUAGUGUACCAACAACAAUGUAAGGGCUUUCAUCAGAACUGAUGCCAACACAUGAUUUCCUGCAAAUUUAUGGAUUGUAAAUGAAAGUGAGGUGUGUGUGUGUGCGUGCGUGCGUGAGUGCGUGCGUGUUCAUGUGCGUGUGCAUCCUGUGUCUACCAGUUUUGCUGGUGUUAUCAGCACAUUCCAUUGUUGCAUGCUCCAAAGUGACAUUCCUCUUUUUCCACACAACUUGUUUGUUUUCCCUUCAAGUUAUUUUCAAUAGAACCACAUGUUCUUUAACGUCAUGCAUUAAAAGCUGCUUGUGUAAUUAUUAGGAUCUUUUUUUUUCUUUGGUUUACUCAUGUCAAAUUAACGUCAAAACCACAGACCUUUGAGAAAAUGUCAUGCUUUCAGUAAGAUUAGGUGCAAAGAUUCAGCUCUUCUCCUCUUAGGGGUUGUAUUGUCAUAUUUUCAACUCAGAAAAAAGUUGUUGGGAUACUAUAAGCAACAACCUGCUUUGCUGUAUUCAGAAUAAUAUUCAUGACAAACUGUAUGCUUUAAUAAAUAAUUUAUUAUCUUUCUUUUUUUGUUUGAUGUAAACAUCAGCCGGUUGAUCUUGAUGAAUAAAGUGUUUGUAGCAUUACUGCCUCCACUGCUUUCUCAACAACCCACCAUUUUUUAGGUAUUUGACUGUACACAUUUUCUGUUAAAUUACCUGUACAGUGUAAUAAAGAAUUUGCUAUGCUUCAAAAAAUAAAGAUGUCAG